AGUAUCACACACGCCGACGAGGGAAGCACGAGUUUUUAGUCCCGAACAGUCAUAAUAUCCUAAAUUGUGCCACGUUCUUUUCUAGUUUUAGUCCAUAAAAUACAUUAUUGGAAUGUAUCGUGAAUCUUGAGCAGGCAAUGCUAAGCGAAGCUUUGGGUCAGAAUUGGGAUGUUUUUAAACGAGACGCGCAUUUUGGUUGAUCUUAAAUAAGUAUUCCAAUAAUUGAGAAAACAACCGUGCUGAAGCAGAGACCGUUCAUUUGCAUCCAAUCAGUUGUGAAGACGGGCACUCUUUGAAGCGCCACAGGACAUCAUUUGCAUGAAACUGAAGCCAGGAGGAUAAAUAUUAUGUGUGGCGGGGUAGAAAGCGAAGCUGUUUCCUGAGAAGUGGGCUUGCCUAACAAUGGCCAUCAUCUUGGAACAGUCGGCGGUUCGCAGUCAAAGCAACAUCUGAGGGAGGCUGUAGGAUAUGGAGAGAAUGGCAGAGAAAAGAGAAAGGGGAGGGGAAGUGCCUAACAAUGGCUGGGGCCGUACAUCUCACACAAUGUGCCAAGAGGAGAGUGGUGUUUUCGGGACAUUCUUAAGACAAUGGGAGAGUUAUGUCCAGCUGGUGACGCUUAACCUCCGUUAGACAGUCCAUUGUUUGGGACACAUUGGCUCUUAUGUAGUGUCUAGUUGUAACACAAGUCCGGUCAAGUCAAUGCCAUGAAUUCUAGAACUUGCAAUCAAAACGUUGACUCCAACUGCACCCGAUUCAAAGAGAAAGUGGGAAAUACAACUAGGAAAAGGACUGAAGACCACGACACCUGUGCCACAUCUACCACUAACCCCCCCUUGACCCCUUCAAAACCCACCCUCCUAUCCACCAUGUCUCUCAAUACCUUCCACCUGAUGGAGACCCUCAAGAAAUCCCCGGCUGCUUUACGCCGCCAUUUCUGCCGCGACCGCACAGAGUCCCUCUCCCACGGCGAUCCGCUAUUCAAGGUCCACUACCUGGGCACUGAGAAAAUCUUCUCCCUGGAUCGAGAGCAGGCCCAGGAUGCCAUAGCCCGUCUGCUCGAAGGGGCCGCAAAUGGAAAGAAGCUGAGCAAAGACCACGCGUUGGUUGUUCGUCCACGCUAUGUCGAAGUCAAAGAGCUCAGCACAGGACGCCAGCUCACUAAGACCUACCUCCAGGACAUAGCCUACUGCGCGGCCGACGCCACCAGACCCAACGUGUUUCUGUACAUCUGUAAGCAGCGUGGGCAACAGCUGCAGUGCCGGGUGUUCUGGUGCAGCCGGGCAGAGCGGGCACGUGACAUGACGGCCUGUCUGGCACACUCCUUCCAGAGGGCACUGAGCGACUGGCAGGGGGACGGCGGAAGUACCGGCACACUGACCCCAGAAAAGGUUGGGGUGAAGGAGGGAGAGGAUAUGCCCACCACCCCUACUACCUCCAAAAACUCCAUGCUAACAGCUAGCUUAAGACGAGUCCGUUGGAAGAAGAGGAGGUCCCUGUCUCGCAGUCCACUGAGUGCCAUGAUCAGGAAGAGAUCCACCUCAGACAUCUGGCACUGAGACAACUGAUCUCCAGCAUGACACUAAACUGAUGACACCCACAGAGACUAGUUACAGCAUGUAGGGAGGGAGGGAAGGGAAGAGACGAGGGAUUGAAAGAACCCACCACUACUGGACUCAACAGGACUGAAGGGUGAGAGAAGGAGAUUAGUGCUGGACUUUCUUUUAAAUGGGACAUUGCCUUAUUAAGUCUACAGUACAGUUCAUGACUGGAUUGAACAUUAGCCUACAAGCAUUAGCCUUGGGUUGAUGGUACGCUGUUGCCAGCAUUCACCUCUGUUGCCUUGUGACUUGCUUUCGCUGUUGGAAAGCUUCAAUGCUAAACUGCUAAUAUCCAUCGCCACUCCAAGUCACUUGUUUUCUAGUGGCCUUGCGACUCUAAACUGCCAGUUAUGCUUCGAAGAAAGGAGCACAUGGUCUUGUGUGCCUUUUUAACUAGGUAAGGAUAUGACCAAAGAUAUCCCCAAACCACAAUCUGUUCUCAAUACAAUGCUGGGUAUGGGCUGGAAUGGUUGAAACUGGUUACAGUCAUAGCAAUGAUGGUUGUUUUUUUAUAGUUUUUUUUAUUUAUUUCAAUUAGGUUUUUGUUGUUAGCUUAUGGAUCAUCAGCCUGUACACUUGUUUUUUUUUUUAAACGGGGGAGGAACUUUGUUUGAGCUGACCCUGAAAUGUGAGCUCCGUGUUGGUCUUGGGAGAGAUGUUACAAAGUGUGUGUGAGGAUUCAUGGGGCAUAAAGGGUUCAUUUGAGCCGACCAUAGAAGAACAUCUGCUGGGUGGUCAUAGGUACACAGUAGGCUGUGUUCAUAGGCAGAACUGUAAUUAAGACAUGACAACCCAGGGUUUAUCGUGUUAAUAACUCACGACUAAGGCCCAACAUGGAGGAUCAGGGAAACAGCCCUUAGGAGGAUGUUAUUCACGAUAAUUCCUGGGGCCUGAUUGCUUUUAUAAAACGGUUACCAAUUUUUUUUUUUAAAGAUGUGUUUUCAUUCAAUGUUAUUUUAAUGAGUAAAUUUGUUUUAUUUCAUCCUUCCACCAGACAAUCUAGUCUGAGCAAAAGCCAGUUGUUAGUUCUGAAAUAAUGCAGUAGCUAGCCAAAUGAGCUGGUCGUCCAAAAAAGGUUGCCAUGCAGGCUAGCUACUUUUCCUUUGGUAGUUAGCUAACUAAAGCUGACACUAUCACAUCAAGCAGCUGAAAUGAUGGCAAACUAUGUGCAUUUUAGUUUGUUUUACCUUUGUUUCUAUUGCCAUUUCUUUUGACAUAUCCAUUGUUAUUACCCUGUAUAAAUAAAUUUUCCUGACUAAGAGAAACUGUCA